UUUCACUUGUUAAUAUUGCAGUUUAUAAAAAUAAUAUUUAUAAUUAAUGUUUACUAAACAUAGCAAAGAAAUCCAAUAUGGUUGAAGUGGGGGAAGUGCAAAAACCUGCUCUUAGCGAUUUGCUGGAAAGACUAACAUUGGGAGUUUCGACAUCUCUAGAGAAAAGAUUGGGAGUGUGCGAUGUUUCACUCAAUGGUGGGAAUCCUGCUGAACGACAUCAAAUAGUUGCUUGGGAGCAAAGAAAUGCAUGCAUUUUGCCAGAAGACUUGAAAAACUUUUAUCUGACAACAGAUGGUUUACUACUAACAUGGAGUGUGUUACUGGAAGAUAACAAGUUUCCUGUAGGAAGAAUGGAAAUAAAUCCAUUUUCUAAUCUUGUGAAGAUAAGUUCUUCUGCAUCAACUGCUACAAUUACAAACACUCCAUCAUUUGCUGAUAUUGAAUCAUGCAGUAGUGAUGAAGAUGAUUCAGAAGACAGCGAGAGUGAUAAUGAUGAAAAUACUCACACAAAGAAACGUACCAUCAAACCUCAUUUUGAUGGAAGGAGUAGAAUAUUUGAACUUGAAAAUUGCCAAGGUCAUGGAAAAGUUUGUCUUGUUUACCUCAACACAAGUCCAGGAUUACCGGCACACAAACCAGAAAUCUGGUUUCUUGAUCGAUCACUUAUGUGGCAUUUCCUGUCAAAGGAUUUUACAUCCUAUUACAGACUGAUGUUGAUGCAUCUUGGAUUACCACAAUGGCAUUUUGCUUUGACAGAUAUUGGUCUCAGUUUACAAGCACAGCAAUGGUUUAACAUGUAUGCUCCGGUUCGACUCAAAUUAGAUCAACAGUAUUUGUUGGGAACAGAUUUAGAAGAAACUAAGCAAGAUGACAAAGAUUUCACAAAUACACCUUCAUGUAAAAUAGACUUCGCUCGUUUAUUUAAAGGAAAAUUAGCCGAGAAACCAAAACCUAAGCAACUGCAACCACCAACACCUUCCAAGAAAAAGGGUCAACCAUCUUUCUCAUCAGCAACAUCAACCAAGUCAACUGUCAGCUCUAGAAUUGGAAGAUCAACAAAGCCGUGGACAUAACUGUCUGGAAAAAAUCUGCAGAUUGAAACACUGGUGAUCCAUCCUAUUCAUUUCUCUCAAUAACACUAGUGUUUUUGGGAUUUUUUAAAUCUUAUACAGCAAUGUUCAUUUUUUUAAUAAAAUUUAUCACCUCAAAUAAUUGGUUAUGUAUUUGUUAACAAUUAUUGUUAGUACGGUCACUUUAUGAAUUUUUUCAAAUUUUUAUCAGAAGACAGCUCUGAAGUGUUCGUUAGCUUACGCAAGACUUGUUUGUCACUGUAGUGUUAAACAUUCACUUUUUACAUAUUUGAGCAGAUAGUGUUUGAUUUGGUUGCACCACGUAUAUUCCAUGUGUACAGUUCUAUCAAGCAACAUUGACGAUAACGGUACUGGGGUUUACCAUACAAACAAGCAGUCUUAUCAGCGUUCUUCCCCCUGGGGUUAAGAGUUAUAUCUGCAACAUCCCGAGGGACGACCGAGAUGUAUGAAAAUCCAUACUAUCAUUAUUAAACAGUGCAUCCAACCUGGUAAGCUGAAAAACACUUUUUACCAAGCUGAUAUCAUCCUAUCAAGCAUCAUUGACAAAUGGCAUCAUUUGGUAACCAGACAUGACUGGGGUUCAUCACGUAAAUCGGCUCAUCAGCUUGGGAGUCUGUCAAGAUGCUCGAGAAUACAUACUAAAAGCUGAAUGGCGCGUUCAACCUAGAAGAAGUCUGGCCUUUGACAUACGCACUCAUCUGUUGUCAGAUGCACCAACCAUCUCGGUUAGACGAGGGAAGCAAUUAUAUCAGCAUUAUCAUACUUUUACCAACAAGUCUAAAUAGCUAAACCAAACCAUUGCAUUGAAGCAGGCCUGUAGCUACUAAAGUAAAACAUAUUCCACUUCAAAUUUCAUUGUAAAUCAUCUAAUUUAUUGAACCAUCAGGAAAGAGGAGCUAAAUUAUAGUUUCAGGCCAUAUAUGCACAGAUUAUAAGAGUAGGCUAUACAUAGACAAUACAAUAGACAC